CUACCGAGUUUGGUUGCCAUAUGAUGUUUCUUUCGUGAAAUAACAAUAUUUUUUGUUUUAAUGACAUCAGCAUAUUUUUGCUUCUAGUAUGACGUCACAAAUUGCGUACCACAUAUUUGCACCUCCCUCGACACAAACAUGACACCUGCCAAGUUUUGUUGUCAUACGAUGCUUUUAAGGGGCGGACAGACGGACAUCGCGUCACGAAAACUCGAGUCGAUGGGUUACCAAUAUUUGUUACCAUAUUUGUUUUGUUUACCACUUUUUCUUAGUUAUGGGGCUCCGCUUACGCGGCGCUUCGCGCCGCGUGAGAGCUUCGCUAUUACCACUAUCCUUCAGAAUAAUGUGGUGUAAUCGAGCGCGUGGGAGCUCCGCUAUUAGCCCAAGAAGGAUAGACCCUUCUAAUAAAAGAAUGAACAUAACAAAUGAACAAGAAUAACGUUCGCAGGCAUCUCGAGUGUUCAUGGAAAAGAGCUCCCUCAAGGCUGGUACUGAAAUGCUACAGAUUGAUGUCCGCAUGACAGCUGAUGGACAGGUGGUAGUUUGCCAUGACAACGAUCUCACAAGAUUGACAGGUGUUAAUCAGAAACUAUCAGAGCUGAAAUACGAGGAACUACCUCCUCUUUUGGAUAAGCUUGAGGUCUUCCAUGAUCCAGGUGUUUUCGUGGAGGCAAGGAGGAAAAGCAAUGAGAUUCCAUUACUAUCGACUGUAUUUACUCAAUUCCACAAGAUCCCAAUCUGUAUCCAAGUCAAAGAGGAUUCUGAUGAGCUCAUCGAAAAGACAAAUGAGCUUAUCGUCAGGUUUAAAAGAAAGGACUAUACAAUAUGGGGAAGUGCAAGCGCCAAGAUCUCAAAUAAAUGCCAUAAACAGAACGCAGAGAUUCCCUUGUACUUCUCCGUUGCACACUGCUUUGGACUUAUUAUCUUGCUGUAUUCUGGAAUGCUGCCGUUUGUCAAAUUAAAAGAGUCAUUCCUGUUGGUGGCCUUUCCCAAGGUUAUGCUAAGACGAUUUCCGUCGUCCAGGAUUAUGAAAGUUUUCACAUAUGCUGCUGACUGGUUAUUGCUGAGCCCAAUAUUGAUAAGACAUCUCCGAAAACGAGGAAUUCAGACAUAUAUUUGGGUACUCAACAAGAAGGACGAGUUCACACUGGCGUUUGAGAAGCUUGGAGCUGCUGGUGUCAUGACUGACUACCCCACAGAACUUUCAGACUAUGUAGAGCAGUCAGUAAAGAGUAAACGUUGGCAGUAGGCGUAGACCAUGCGAAUGAAAUAAUAAAUGAUUAUCAUCCUAAA